GGUCCAUAUAAGGAGGAGGGAGGUGAGCAGGAGUGGUCCCUGCAGUGGACUUGGGGGCGUGGGUGCAAAGAUGCUCAGAGUAGGAUACUACACGCCUGGGUCCUGGGGCAGCUUCUGGGCCAUCCUGGCCUUGGUGGGCCUGGCCACUCGUGCAGCCCAGCGAGCCGAUGUCAGUGGGGAGGCAGCGGCCACUUCCAUCAACCACUCCCAGAUGCUGCUCCAGCGCUUGCAGGAGCUGCUGCGGCAGGGCAACGCCAGUGACGUGGUCCUGCGGGUGCAGGCCACGGGCACCGAUGAGGUCCGCGUCUUCUAUGCCCACCGCCUGCUGCUGGGCCUGCAUAGCGAGCUCUUUCGGGGGCUGUUGCGGAACCAGAGCGAGGUGGCACUGCAGGAGCCCAGGGAGUGUGCCGCCGUCUUUGACAAGUUCAUCAGGUACCUGUACUGCGGUGAGCUGACGGUACUGCUGGCCCAAGCCAUCCCUUUGCACAGGCUGGCCACCAAGUACGGCGUGGCGUCCCUGCAGCGGGGUGUGGCCGACUACAUGCGCGCGCACCUGGCGGGCGGUGCGGGCCCGGCCGUGGGCUGGUACCACUACGCCGUGAGUACCGGCGAUGAGGCACUGCGAGACAGCUGCCUGCAGUUCCUGGCCUGGAACCUGUCGGCGGUGGUGGGCAGCGCCGAAUGGGGCGUCGUGAGCCCCGACCUGCUGGCACAGUUGCUGCAGCGCUCAGACCUGGUGCUGCAGGACGAGCUGGAGCUGUUCCACGCCCUGGAGGCGUGGCUGGGCCGCGCGCGGCCUCCUCCCGCCGUGGCCGAGCGCGCGCUGCGCGCCAUCCGCUACCCGAUGAUCCCGCCGGCGCAGCUGUUCCAGCUGCAGGCGCGCUCUGCCGCACUAGCGCGCCACGGCGCCGCGGUGGCCGACCUCCUGCUGCAGGCAUACCAAUUCCAUGCUGCGUCGCCGCUGCACUACGCCAAGUUCUUCGACGUCAACGGAAGCGCCUUCCUGCCCCGCAACUACCUCGCGCCCGCUUGGGGCGCCUCCUGGGUCAUCAACAACCCCGCCCGUGACGACCGCAGCACCAGCUUCCAGACGCAGCUGGGCCCGAGCGGCCACGACGCGGGCCGCCGCGUCACCUGGAACGUGCUCUUCUCGCCGCGCUGGCUGCCCGUCAGCCUGCGGCCCGUCUACGCGGACGCCGCGGGCACCGCGCUACCCGCCGCGCGUCCGGAGGACGGCCGGCCGCGGCUGGUGGUGACGCCGGCCAGCAGCGGCGGCGAUGCGGCGGGAGUGAGCUUCCAGAAGACAGUGCUGGUGGGCGCGCGGCAGCAGGGCCGCCUGCUGGUCCGCCACGCCUACAGCUUCCACCAGAGUAGCGAGGAAGCCGGUGACUUCCUGGCGCAUGCCGACUUGCAGCGGCGCAACUCCGAGUACCUGGUGGAGAACGCCCUGCACCUGCACCUCAUUGUCAAGCCCGUCUACCACACCCUCAUCCGGACCCCGAAAUAG